CUCCGCUACCGCACCGCAUCCAUCUCUCCGCUACCGCACCGCAUCCAUCUCUCCGCUACUGCACCGCAUCCAUCUCUCCGGCACCACACCGCGUCCGUCCCCUCGGUACCACAUCGUGUCCAUCCCUCCGGCACCGCAUCCAUCCAUCCCUCCGGCACUGCAUCCGUUCCUCCGGCACCGCAUCGCGUCCAUCCCUUUGGUACCGCAUCCAUCCCUCCAGCACCGUACCACGUCCAGCCCUCCGGUACCGCACUGCAUCCGCCCCUAGGGCACCGCACCGCGUCCGUCCCUACGGCACCUCACCGUAUCCAUCCCUACGGUACCGCGCCCUACGGCACCGCACCGCUCCCUACGGCAGCGCGCCGUGCCCCACGGUACCGCUCCGCACCGCACCCAUCCCUACGGUACCGCCCCGCACCGUGCCCUAAGGGACCGCAUCGCACCGCACCGCUCCCUACGGCAGCGCACCGUGCCCUACGGUGCCCCUUGGCAGCGCACCGCCCCCGUCCCUACGGUACCGCACCGCACCUCACGGUACCGCGCCGUGCCGUGCCCUCCGGUACCGCACCGUGCCCGGAGCCCGCAGCGCCCGCGCCCGGCGGGACCAUGAUGUCCUGUGCUGAGCUGCUGGCCGUGUGCCUGCUCUCCGCCGAGCGCGGCCCCGCGCCCCUCCGCCAGCCGCUCCCCAUCUUCCACGACAUUUUCCGGCGAGCCGACAAGAACGAUGACGGGAAGCUGUCAUUCGAGGAGUUCAAGAACUAUUUCGCUGAUGGGAUCCUGAGCUCGGAGGAGCUGUGGGAGUUGUUCAGUGGCAUUGACAGGCGUCACUCAGAUAACGUGGACACAGAGAAGUUGUGUGAUUAUUUCUCGGGAUAUCUCGGAGAAUACAGGAAUGUGCUGUCUGCCCUUGAAACCCUCAAUGCUGCUGUGCUGGCUGCCAUGGACAAAACCAAGCUGAGGUAUGAGACCUCCUCGAAGAUAGAGCAGUUCCUGACCCGAUUCCUGCUGCGGGAAACCAUGCACCAACUGCAGUCCCUGCAGGCAUCCCUGGAGUGUGCUGUGGACACCGUGGAGGAGCAGGCGGGACGGGAGAGAAAGGACAUAAAAAACCCUGAGAUUUCAGUUGGCCUGAGGUCGGGGAGACGGUGUGGGCGCAGAGGACAGAAAAACAUCUGUCUGUCUCCAACAGACCCCUAUUCUGGGAUGCUGACAACAGGUGUUUGUGUCGAGGACAACAGCCAGUGGAUGGCUCAGAUCAACAGGCUCCAGCAGCUCAUCGAGAAGCUGGAAUGCAAGAGCCCACGCCUGGAGCCGCUGAAGGAGGAAUCCAUGUGCAAAGGACAAGAUGCACACAUCCUGGUGGCCAAGAGGCAGAUCUCGGUGGCCACGAGCAGCAUCGAGGAGUUCCGGCAGGCGUUCCGCUCCUACACCGAGGGCACCGCCGGGCACAGCAGCUGCCUGCAUGUCUCUGCCUGCAAGCUGACAGACGAGGCCUGCUUCAUCCUGUACGAGUUCUGGCAGGACGUGACCUCGUGGAGAAGCCACUUGCAGUCCAGCUGCAGCAAGACUUUCCAGCAGUCCAUCAUCAGCUUGCUGGAGUCCCCGGAGCUGCUGACCACCAUGCUCUUCCCAGCUUCCUGGUGGAUCAUGAACAACAACUGACCCAGGCAGACACCUCAGGACACCGUCAGCAUGCGGGAGGACACGGAGCCCUCGGCACAGCCCUCACCUUCCCUCAUGUUCCUCCUCUCCCUGUCCCUCACCCCCUCCUGCUGCCCAGCAGGGCUGCCUGCCCUUGGCCCUGCCAGUGUUUCACCCCUGCUAUUUUCCUGUUAAUUUACUUAUUUAUUUCCACCCCAA